AGGAAGGGGCUGCCGUGCAGAUCUGCAGAAGUGGGAUUCUGCCCACUCUGGCCCAGACUUUGAGGACUAAAAGCUCCCUGAGCUGCCAGGUGGCACUGGUGAUUGCGGAAAUGGCCCGUGAAGCGGCUGUGAGAGAGCCAUUCAUUCAGGCUGGUCUGGUGAAGGAGCUGCUGCCCUAUCUCUACAGUGACAACCAAGAAAUGCUACUGAAUACUGGUCGUGCCAUUGGACGCAUCUGCUUUGAUAAUGCCCAACAGCAGGAGCAGCUGGUCCAGAGCAGUGUGAUCCCCAGGCUCCUGUCCAUCAUGAGACAGUAUCCAGAGAACGACCCCCUGAUCAACGUCUGCCUUCUGGCCCUGUGUAACCUUGCCGAUCUAGAUUCUGCAAGGGCAGCGUUGGCCUCUCUGGACGUGGCGAAUGUUCUGACGUCACAGUUAAAGCGGUCCCCUGAUGCAGAGCGCCGACAUGUCAUUCUGGAAAUCCUUGGCUCUCUGGGAGAAAGUGAGACUCUGAAACUGCAGUUUGCAGAGUCUGGGGUACCAGAAGCUCUUUCACAGAUGAUCUGGGCUCUACAGGGGGAGUCAGACCCCCAUGACCUCUGCAGCAUCAAAAUUGCCUCCAACCUCAUUGUCUCCCUGCUGUUAGGAGAUGAGUCAAUGCAGAAGUGUUUUGGAGAGGGCUUAGGAGUAGUGUACCAGGACGUGCUGAUGUGGCUGCAGAGCCCUAACACUCAGCUGCAACUGUCAGGAGCUUUGGCUAUUGCAAAUUUUGCUCGCAACGACUGUAACUGUGUGAAGAUGCUGGAGCUGGGGGUGGUGCAUCACCUCCUGACACUGCUGGAGCAGCACGUGGACGAGGGUGACGUGUCUGUGCAGCACGCUGGGCUCAGUGCGCUCAGAAACUUGGCCAUUCCUGCCACCAACAAAGUGCGAAUGCUGCAGGAUGGAGUUACAGAGAGGAUAAAGAGCCUGCUACGUUCUGACAUGCCCCCAGUACAGUUCAAAUUACUGGGUACACUGAGGAUGAUGGUUGAUGGACAAGAGGAUGCUGCCUUGCUCAUGGGCAAAGACAGUGUGCUUCUUACUCGGGUGAUGGAGUGGUGUGAAGCUAAAGACCAUGCAGGCGUCAGAGGGGAGGCCAGUCGACUCCUAGCUGCGCUGAUCCGCCAUAGUCGUAGUCCUGAAGUAGUUGGUGCCAUUGCCCAUGCACAUGGGAUAAAGCACCUUAUUACCAUGGCAACAAGUGAACAUGUCAUCAUGCAGAAUGAGGCUCUGGUUGCUCUGGCCAUUGCAGCUGCCAUUGAUAUUGAGUCCAUGAAGGGACCCAUCCGUGAAGCUUCACUGUUGCCUGUAUUAAAGACUACUCUGGAGGACCCAGCUGGUGCUGUGGAGGUCAAGUUCAACAGUUUAGGGCUCAUCUGCAGCCUGGCUAACUCUGGUGCAAUGAAGGAGGACCUGAACUCUGUGCAUAUCCAAGAGAGUCUGAAUCAGUUAACCAGUCACAGCAGCAGUAAGGUGGCUUCACAGGCAGAAGCCUUACUGCAAACACUAGGUGGCAGUAUUUGAACCAAAGGAAGAGACAC